AUGAAGCGGAUGUCAGCCUCGGGGGGCGUCUCGGCGCGGGGCGGGACGAGCGGGUCGCGCGCAGGCGCUGCGCCUGAACGCGCGGCUGCGCCGCUGCCGCACGCGCCGAUUUCGAAGGGAGGCGCGAAGGCGGUGGGGAAGGGCAAUGGCGUCAAGGCGGGCGGCGCAGGCAACUGCAAAGGCAAAAAGGGCGGCAAGCAGAUCAGCAGCGCCCGCAUGAGCGACUCCUACGUCGUCUCCUUCCCCAACGCUCUCCCGGUCAAGCAGGUCAUCUGGGCGCGUGACUCUCUCGCGGGAGUCUGGCGGCUGUGCUCCAUCGUCCACGCGCGAACAAGGACGUCGCGGCCCCCAGAGCGCUCGUCCGCCGCGCCCGACCCGACAUCGCAGGCCGCGGGUCCUUCUCCCGACGACUACGACUACUACGUGCAUUUUCUCGGUUUCGACAGACGGUUGGAUCAGUGGAAAGCUUGGGAAGAAAUUCGCGAAAAUGAAGCCGACUUGCCGCCGGACGAGCCGAGCGUCAAGGAAGUCCCAGACUCCAGCGACGACGAGCAUGCAGGCAUGGAUGAAGAGUAUCUGCGCGAGCACGAGGAGGCGACAAAGGUGAAAAGCAUUAACAAAAUCCGCAUGGGAAGAUACAGCGUCGACACGUGGUACUUCUCGCCCUAUCCGAAGCUCUUUCAAAAUGUCCACACUCUGCACAUCUGCGAGUUCUGCCUCACCUUCUUCCGGGAGGAAACAGAGCUCCAGCGCCAUACGCGGCUCUGCGAAUGCCGACAUCCGCCGGGGAACGAAAUAUACAGAGACAAAGACAUUGCCAUGUUCGAGGUCGACGGGAACCACUGUCGGGUGUACUGCGAGAAUCUCUGUUUCCUGUCCAAGCUUUUUCUUGACCACAAAACGCUGAGACACCCCGUCAGCCUUUUCCUCUUCUACGUGAUGACGGAGAUCGACGAGAAGGGCUACCACAUCACAGGGUACUUCUCCAAAGAGAAGUACUCAAAAAACAACGUGUCCUGCAUUCUCACGCUCCCUCAGCACCAGCGAAAAGGAUACGGAAAGUUCCUGAUCAACUUUUCCUACGCUCUUUCGCGCGCCGAGAGGAAAGCAGGCACGCCCGAGCGACCGUUGUCUGACCUUGGGAAGGCGUCCUACAUUGCCUUCUGGACAGAAGUGAUCAUUUCCCUCCUCGAAAGAAACGAAGGACGGAUUUCUGUGCAGGAUCUUUCACGUUUGACUUGCAUCGAGACGGCAGAUAUUCUUGCGUGUCUGGAACACCACGGCGUGCUCAAGAGCAAGGGCGACUGCUCCUUCCUUGUCUUGCCCCAGCAGAAGAUCAAAUCUCUCAAAGAGGCCGCGGGCCGUCCGUCGCGCGCGGUGAAGGCUGAGGAGCUUCACUGGAUCCCGUACGACCGUUUCCUCAUGCCCUUCGAGUACAGCCCACAGGCGUAG